CGCGCUAAUUUCCCUCAGGGGGCUUUCUUUCUUUCUUUCGCUCUCUCUCUCACUCUCUCUUGUUUUUGCUCCAGGAUGUUACGUGGUCUGACUCGUCUGCCUCCAGUUCUUGUCUAGCUGGUCCUCCACAUUCCUUUUUCUUGGUUCCUUUAUCUAUUUUCCGGUUCUGCAGCUCUGCUCUUUUCCGCUCUUCCGCCUCUUUUCUCCCCUUGACGCAUAGCCCCGUCAUCUUGAGUCCGGCCAAUUCACACGGUCGGACUGGACUGAACCCGAAGCCCCGUUGAAUGAGGUCUCCCUGAUAUCCACGAGUGCCAUGCCGUCUUCAAAAGCAAGAGAUAGUCCGUCCGUGGAGCGGCGCGACCGUCUUACGCUUGCGAAGUUGGCCAGCUACGACGACGUUGCGACAGACGCGCUGGUUGAUCGAGCCUACUUUUGGACGAAGACUCGCAAGAAUCGCACCAAAUACAACCCCAUCCGCGGCAUCGUCGAGGACGACAUCGCCCGCAUCAUCCUUCACGAUGUCAUUGUCGCCAAGGACUCCGUGAAAGCGGAACAGAAACUGCUGGCUACUUCCGGUCUCAAGAAGUACCUGGCAAAGCUCUCGAACGACCGCGAGAAGGAAUGGUUCCGGCGACACCUACGCAAGUACAUCCAAAUGUACCUCCCGGACUCGCCAUUCGAAGUCAUGACGACCAACCGCUACACGAUCACCGAGCACGAAGCAGCCAUCUGCGCCCGCAAGUUCAUCAAACAGGGCGAAGAGAUCAAAUACCUCGGCGGGACGCUGGUCCCUGUGACCCGCGAGGAGGAGCAGGAUUUGGAUCUGAAGCGAAAGGAUUUCAGCAUCGUCAUGUCCAGCCGACGGAAAACCCCCUCGUUCUUUCUGGGACCGGCCCGGUUUGCUAACCACGACUGCAAUGCGAACGGGCGACUGGUCACCCGUGGCUCCGAGGGCAUGCUGGUGAUGGCCACCCGCGACAUCUACACCGGCGAGGAAAUCACCGUGUCCUACGGAGACGACUACUUUGGGAUCGACAACUGCGAGUGUCUCUGUCUGACGUGCGAGCGAGCAGUUCGCAAUGGGUGGGCGCCUCGUGUGGAUUCGGGCGACUCGAGCCCCGCGUCGACGCCAGCCUUGCCCGACGACGCGCUAUCGUUGGACAGCCACCUUUCGCCCCGGAAACGCAAGCAGGGAGCCGAUCCCGACUCCGACUCCUCGCCCUCUUCCACCCCUCGCAAGCGCACCAAAUUCAUGCCGCAGAGCUCCAAGCUGAGAUCCGAGGUGUCGCUGACCGAAAUCACCACGUCAGUGGAAUCCACUUCGGAUCAGCCUCCUCAGGAUGUCGUGCUGCCUGAUUCCACAGAAGAACCACCAGCGCCACUGCCACCCGUUGAGGUCGCGGCAGGGUCUACGACUGUCAUGAAAAUUGUUACGGAACAUCAAAUCAACGUAGAAACCACCGGGUUGCCUCCGCCUCCUGCUGUCACCGGAUGUGAAUCCCCUUCGUCCUCGCUGGAGGCCAACGACUCGCAGCACUCCUCAACGUCCACCGCCGCGACUUCGGUGUGCGAGGUCAAGAUCAAAGUCGAGGAAACCAUCGAAGUUUCGCCUCGCGAACCGAACGACCCGACACCGACUCCGACGGCGAUGAUCGAGCCUGGUCCGGAGCUUCCCGAAAAGGAGCGGCUACGCAGGGGCAGCGACAACGAUGCAUUGUCCGACCUCUCCGAAUCGCUGGAGCUCGACGAGAAGCUUGGGACCGUGGUCGAGCGGACGAAAGGUUCGAGAGGCUCUCGUACCAGACACGCCGUCGUUCCGUCCGUGGAGGCCGGUUCACGCCGAACACGCGUUCCUGGCGACUACACCAAAACUCCCAAGCUCCUUGCGCAGGCCUACGAUCGGUGGGUGGAUUGCCAUACAUGCAACGCUUGGUUUGUACAACACAACUCGUAUCUCACACGUCGCGAGUGUCCCCGCUGCGAGCGCCAUUCGAUGCUAUACGGGUUUCGUUGGCCCAAGACGGACCGUGAGGGCUCGUCCGACGACGAGGAGCGUGUCAUGGAUCAUCGCACGGUGCAUCGAUUCCUCUACCCCGACGAAGAAGCGCGCAUCUCCCGCAAGGACCGCGGAGUGAGUUUUGGCGUCACCCCCACGCCGGAGCUCGCAUACGAUGACCCCUUAGUCCGUCUCGACUACGGAGCCUUCCAAGGCAAAUACGAUGCCACCUACAACCUCUCUUACUUCCGCAAGAUCCCAUAUGCAAGCCCUCCGACAGGCACGAACCGCUUUCGAGCGCCUCAGCCGCCUCAGCGUGUCUCCAAUGGCAUCUACAACACCGACCAGGACUUCGACAUGUGCCCUCAGCGCACCGUCAACGGCUCCGAAGACUGUCUCUACCUCGGUCUCUUCUCCCGUCCCUGGGAUAUCACAUCCGCCGCGCGCAGACCCGUCCUCGUCGUCUUCUACGGCGGCGCAUUCAUCCAAGGCAGCGCCUCCUUCACCAUCCCUCCCUCAUCGUACCCCGUCCUCAACGUCAGCAACCUGAACGACUACGUCGUCAUCUACCCCAACUAUCGCGUCAACGCGUUCGGCUUCCUCCCCGGAAAAGCCAUCAAGGACUCUGCCACCGCCGACCUCAACCCCGGCCUCCUCGACCAGCAAUUCGUCCUCAAAUGGGUCCAGUCGCACAUCCACCACGUCGGCGGCGACCCUCGCAACGUCACCAUCUGGGGCCAGUCCGCCGGCGGGGGGUCCGUCGUCGCGCAAGUCCUCGCCAACGGCCGCCACGGCAACCCCAAGCUCUUCUCCAAAGCCCUCGCCAGCUCGCCCUUCUGGCCCAAAACCUACCGCUACGACGACCCCCAGGCCGAGACCAUCUACUCCCAACUCGUCAACCUCACCGGCUGCGCCUCAGCCCGUGACUCUCUCUCCUGCCUCAAGUCCGUCGACGUCCAGUCCAUCCGCGACGCAAGCCUCGCCAUCAGCGCAUCCAACCAAUGGUCCACCUCUUCCUACACCUGGGCCCCCGUCAUCGAUGACUCCUUCCUCGUCGACACCCUCUCCCACGCCACAGCCCACUCCCUCCCCACCUCCUCCAUCUUCAGCACCUACAACACCCACGAGGGCGAGAACUUCCUCCCCCCAUCCCUCACCCAGACGAACCCCCCUGCUAACUCCUCCUCCUUCUCCGCCUGGCUCACUGCCUUCCUUCCCUCCCUCUCCCCCCGCGACCUCCACGCCCUCGAAUCAAAAUACUACCCUCCCACAGGAUCCACCGAAACCCUCAACCCCUACAACUCCACCCUCGUCCGCGCAGGCCUGGUCUAUCGAGACAUCGUCCUCGCUUGUCCCGCGUACUGGCUCGCCCGUGCCGCGGGAAACAACGGCUACUUGGCGGAGUAUACCAUCGCGCCGGCGAAACAUGCCAGUGAUACGAUUUUCUGGAACCGCAUCAACCCCGUCCAACAAUCCAACCCGCUAGUGUACACCGGGUAUGCCGGUUCGUUUGCAAGUUUCAUCCAGACGGGAGAUCCGAACGCACAUAAGCUGACGGGGCCGGAGGUGCCCGGGGUGCCGAGACUAGGUGGCAGAGGGCCAGGGGCAAAGGCGGAGGCGGAGUUCGUGGUCAAAGAGAGCGGGUUCGAGAAUGUGGCGCUGAAGGGGUUGAGAGAGAGGUGUGGGUUUUGGAGGACGGUCGGGGACAGGGUUCCUGUUUGAUUUAUCGUUUGUUAUUGGGGUUUAGCUUGUUGUGUUGUGGUGGGAGGGUUUGUAUAUAUUGAUGGU